AUGACGCUGUCGGAGGUGCAAGCGCGCGUGGCGGCGCUGAACUCGUCGGUGCAGAGCAUGCAGACGGAGGUGCAGAACGCCGUCAUGCUCACCGCCGAGAUCUGGCGCAUCACGGCCGGCGUGUUCGUGUUCCUCAUGCAGGUGCGACUCAACAAGCUGAACUCGUCGGUGCAGAGCAUGCAGACGGAGGUGCAGAACGCCGUCAUGCUCACCGCCGAGAUCUGGCGCAUCACCGCUGGCGUGUUCGUGUUCCUCAUGCAGGUGCGUGGACUCAACACGCUGAACGCGUCGGUGCAGAGCAUGCACACCGAGGUGGAAAACGCCGACAUGCUCACCGCUUUGAUCUGGCGCACCACGGCCGGCGUCUCUGUGCCACAGAG